AUGGAGGGCGGAAAGAAAAGCCGGUCGAAUCUUAUCGGACCACGCGCGCCCGGCGAGAGUGAAACGACAACGCGAGGUGAAACUGGGGAAGCCGGCGGGCGGACGGAAGGGAGUUGGCACGGCUGGCACCCACCGGAGUCUCCCAGAUUUGACCCGGACCUCCCUGUAGCGGGAAGAACACAACAACAAGAAGAGACGAAAUCCGGCCAGGCCACGCCGGGCCGGGCCGGGCCGGUCCGGUCCAGUCCAAGCCCAGCCAAAGUUAGGGAAAGGGGGACGGGGAGAACCUGCCCCGGCUUCACCUGCGAUGUUCUCCGACCAUGUUUCCAUCCGUUCGCAUGCCCAUCCGACCAUCCGACCAUCAGACGUCCGGUCCGGCAUCCAUCCGCUCUUUUCCUUGCUGAGGAGGAUCGGGAGAUGAUUAGCACACGCUCCCGGCACGAGAAGCCGAGCCGCGCACGGACGGAGCCCACCGGCCCGGCCCAACGCUCAUUGGCGCGUCCGCCCAGGCGCUCUGGCUCGAGACUGACGCUCCUGGACUGCCCCUUUUCAUUCGACUUCUUGAUCCUCUGGGCGACUGAUUCCUUCCUUUUCGCGCCGGAGCUCGAGCCCAGGACGACGACGAGGUUCCGAGAAGGAGCAAGUCGAUCGGGGAGUGGGUGGAACGCGAGAGAUGGCCAGAGGCAAUGCUGUGGCCGUGCGGUAGGUGUUUGCUCGGAGCAGUGGCAGAGGAGAGGAGAGGAGACGAGAGGAAGGAUGCAGAUCUCUAGCCGCGAGCAGGAGCAUCCCGUAGUACCUUGUCCAGCCACUCCAGCCCCUCGACCGGCAUUGAACUCUGUGUGUCGACAAAGAGUCUGUUGA